AUGGCAUACACCGAGAUACCGACUCAGCGAUCAGCUCAUUCCACCAGGCUAUUCGGGAUGACGGCAGCAUGUGGACAAGACGAGCUGUUUGAUGAGCUUCUCUCACACCAGAUCGAGAGCUAUGCACUGCAGCCAGAAGAGCAGGAUUUGGCCUCUGCUCGCAGUGGCGGUCUCGGGAAAUCCCUGGCAAAGAAGAUCUGCCAGAAGGUUGCAGCCCAUCUUACGGCAGCCCUUCAGGGGCAGCUGUACCGAGGAGAGUUCGAGAAGCGCAUGCAGAAGCUGCUGAAAGAGCUUGCGGGCCUUCGCGACGAGGUGAUCCUGUUCAUCGAUGAGAUCCACAUGGCCCUGGGUGCCGGGGAGACGGAAAAGGGCAGCUCCAUGGAUGCGGCAGCUCAGCAGAUCAGAGUUGAUUAG